GCCAUCUUUCCUUUCAUCUUUUUCCACUUACUAUAUAUCAUGAUUGUCAUCUUUUCUCUUUACUAACCUGUUUUUAUUGUUUUGAAUGAUUGUAUUCCUCAUAAUUGUCUUAAUCUUUCUGCAUGGUUCUUCUGCGUAGGGCAAGAGAGAUGUGUUCUCUUUCAGUAUCUCGGUGUGGGAGGCUUGUUUGUGCACAAGUGACAGUGUUUUUGUUUGAGUGCGAGAGUGUGUACUAUAAUGUGCGACUGAGUGGAUUUGUGUUUCACAGUGUGAGUUUGUAACUCAUUGUGUUCUUGUAUCCCCCUGUUUCAGUGUAUCUUGUCUCCUGUUGUUCUGUGCCGUGUGGGGUAGCCCUGUGGAAAAAGGAAGGAAAGAUGUGUUUGAGGUCUUUGAGAGGACAUGUGCAGGGGAAGAUAGUGCAAUAGGAAUUAUCUAUGUGCAGUAGACUAAGAACCACACUAAUAAACUUCCCCAUAGUAUUUCCUGGCUGUUGGACUUAUUCAAGUCACGGUCAAUCGCUACUGCGCAGAAAUGUGUUAGCUGAUCACUUUGUUUUAGUUAGUUCACUUUGCCUGUCCGUCUGUCAGUGUGUCAGUCAGCCGGUCAGUGUGUCACUCAGUUAGUGAGUCAGUGGGUUAUUCAGCUGUCUUGGUAGCUACUCAGACUUCCAAGUCUUUCUGUAUGAAGAGAGAGCAACACUCUCACAGUCGGAGAAGAAACAGAUGUUCUAGCGUUGCAUCCGUUUACCCUCAUUUCCUGGGCGGAGAGUUUCUGGCUCUUUUAGAGCUGCAACAGGAACGAAAAAAAUUAAAUAGAGGGAGGGAGGGUAUGGAACAGCCCUCACUAAUCAUUUUGUCACUAGCAAGCUCUGACAAGCAGAAGUAGUUGAGGAGAGAGAGAGCGUGAACAGAAAAAGAAAAGUGGCUGAAAGAGAAAGGUUCCGAGCUCUUAACAGAGAGCCAGAGAGCUGAUAAACGGGGGGGAAAAUCAGUUAAAGAGACGAAAAACAGACAAAUCGGGACACAGAGUGAGAAAGAAAGACUACGUUCGGAUCAAAACUUUUAAUAGAGGAGCUCCGAAUGAACACUUACUACAGCUAGCACUACAACUCCUGCUGAGACACACAGACUGGUUUGAGCUGCUUGAUUUUCAUACUCUGUUCUUUUCAAAUGUUUGUGCUUUAACGUCUUAAGGUUUAUUUUCAAGAAAUUCCCUUUAAAUAUUUGUUUCACCUUUUUUGCCUUGAAACGGCUCCUCUGUUUGUUUGUUGAGUUUUAUUUUUGGAAAGAGCACGGCUCUUCGGCUUGGUUGGAAGGAAGGGAGUAGUUUCGUUUGCCUUCUUCCAGUUGCUUUAAUAUUUCUAAUAAGGUCCAGACAAGGAAAGGUGGGGGAGGUGGUACGUUGGGUUGUAAUUGAGAGGUGCUCUGGGCUCUGGCUGCUGUGUCAGAGGGGUGCCUUGCUGUUACUGCUGCUUUUUUCCAGGCACAUUAUUCGGCUUCCUCUGGGCUGCCUUCUCCUACGCUCUGUAACACCUCAUCCCCUCUGGGCUCCUCUCACACUCUCUCUGCGCAUACUACAGGGAAGAACUGUUAUUUUGGAAAAAAAAACAGACUUUAUUUUUAAGCCUCUGUGUUUUGUUUUGAAGCAGAAUUGAAACUGCUGAUGGUGAAAUGAGGAGUACCAGUUUCCUUUAGAUACAUUACAAAUUUUUAGCUUAUUGAGCUUUUAUAUAUAUAUAAAUGUAUUUAUAGUCUUUUUUAAUUUAUUAAUCCCAAUUCCCCCCCCACUGUUUUAAUUCAGUUUUUGGUAGCGGAUUAUUUAUUGUCUCAGAACGUGUUCUGUAUUUAUUUGUUUAUUUGAAGAGAACAGCUCUUCUGUGAUAGUGUGCUGCGUGUGUUGGCUCUCUUGCUCUGUCCUUGUACCUUUUGGUGAGAAGGCUGGUCAGCUUUAAUAUCUGCUACUGCUGUCUGAAGCGGUCUGAUCCGGAGUGUCACCGGCAAGGCAAGCUAACAGAUCUGUCUCAGGAAGUCCGGGUCAUCUGAGAGUACUUCUGUUUUCUUCUUUACCGCUUCAACUUGAUCGUGGAGAGGAGGAGGGGAGUCACAGCGAGAAGGAAGGAAGUAGAUAAAGAGAGACUCUAAAACGAACGAAGAAAGAAUUAGCAGUGGUCGGGGUAAAAAACGAAAAAGAUGAAGGGACAGAGAGUCAACAAGCGUGAGGGACAGAGAGCUUGAAGCCAAGAAUACAGAGAGUAAAGAUUGGGGACGAAGAGACGAAAGCAGAGAAGGGAGACCCCUAGUUUCCAGGCGGGGAGACCAGAGCUGAGCCCCCUCUCCAUUGCAGCCCAGCUGUGGAGAGAGACGGCUUUUCAUAAAGGAGGCCACAGAGGUAAGACGACCGUCUCCAGUUGUCACAGGCAGAGAGGCUGAUGCUGAGGACACCUGUAGCCCUAAAAUCCUGCAUUGUCACCUGUGCUGAGACAGGGAGACUUGUGGCAACGUGCUGUCAGGCUUGUCAAAGAGGGGUAGUCUCCUCCCUUGCCUUGAGACACGGGAGUUCUCUUAUGUGAGGCAGUAGCACUGGACGCUUUUAGAGGGAAGUCCAACCACUACACAGAGCCUGAAGAUAACUCAACAAGACUUCAUCUGUUUAAUUCCUCCCCCAUCUCAACGUGCUGGACAACCGAGGGCUGUGUAACAGGACCGCCAGAGCACAACAGGACAUCAAUCAAGCAGUUUGUAGCCGGCUAGACUGACACUCAAACAUUUAAUUAAUACACAGGUUACAUAUACCAGAGCAGGAUUUCCAUAAACCUGCGUUGUGCUUGAGUAAAAGACAGCGAGGACACUGUCGGUACGUUGGGGCGCUUGUUCUGGUCACCAUGAGAUCGGACCGCUUGUUGUUCCUGGGCCUGUGGUUGCUAGGCAGCCUGAGCCAGGUCUUCGCCCUGUCGACCUGCAAGCCGCUGGACCUAGAGCUGGCGAAGCGCAAGCGCAUCGAGGCGAUCCGGGGGCAGAUCCUGAGCAAGCUGCGCAUGUCUCGCGAGCCCAAGGAGGAGGAGCCCCCCCUGGAGCCCGAGCCGGAGGUGCUGUCGGUGUACAACAGCACCAAGGAGCUGAGUGAGGAGCAGGCCCGCCAGGCUGAGACCAGCCCGGCGGCCCAGCACGGGGAGCAGGAGGAGUAUUUCGGCAAGGAGGUGCACAAGUUCAUCAUGAAGAACAAUGAAUCAAAUCAGGGAGAAAAGAAGUACGUGAAGGAGCUGUUAUUCAAUACGUCAGAGAUGCGGCGCAGUCUGGGGGAGGGCCGGCUGGUCACCCAGGCCGAGCUGCGGCUUUUCGUUAAGACUGUUUUCAUGGAGCCUGGCAAUGAGCAGCGCCUGGACCUGUACAAGUGCAAGGGGAACAAAACUCACUACCUGAACUCACGCACCGUGUCGAAAGCAUCACAGGAUACAUGGCUGUCCUUCGACGUAACGGAGACUGUCCGGGAGUGGCUGGCACUGUCUGAAGAGGAGCAGAAAUUGGAGCUGACACUGUUCUGCGGGUGUAACACUGACAAUCCAGAGUUCCAGUUCUCUAUCUUAGGAUUCGAUAAGACCAGAGGGGAUAUGAAGAUCAUUUCAAAGCAAACCUCCAAAUCCCCCCAUAUCCUGGUGAUGUCCCUCCCCCCUGACGUCUCUGGCCAGCUUCGUUCCUCUCGCCGCAAGCGGGCUGCCCCCGAUGAAAUCUGCUCAGAGAAGAUGGAAAACUGCUGUGUGCGCCCGCUGUACAUUGAUUUCCGCCGAGACUUGGGCUGGAAGUGGAUCCAUGAGCCCAAAGGCUACUAUGCCAACUACUGCAUGGGCUCCUGCACCUACAUCUGGAAUGCAGACAACAAGUACUCCCAGAUCCUGGCCCUCUAUAAACACCACAAUCCUGGAGCGUCUGCCCAGCCCUGCUGUGUACCCCAGGUGCUGGAGCCUCUGCCCAUCCUCUACUACGUGGGCCGGCAGCACAAGGUGGAGCAGCUUUCCAACAUGAUCGUCAAGACCUGCAAGUGCAGCUAGAAGUAGGGUCCUCGAACCCGAGUCUUCGGCCCCGGCCCUCACCCUCACCCUCUCCAAGUCGUGGCAUGGCAUGUCAGCUGUUCUCUCCCUCCCCUACACAAACAUCAAGACCAGCUUGUUGACCUGACAGUGAAGCUUAACCUGGGCCCUGACAUCUUCUGUCUCAUUCCCAUGGCACUCAUCUCCUCCUUUCUGCAACUUUCUCGCCAUCCGUCCUGCGCUUGCAAGCUGGUACUGGGGGAGAGCGACAGUGACCAGAUCAGGGAGAAGAGGAGGCAUCCCCACUGCGAAGAGAGGGAGGGAGUGAGGCCUGGGGAUGAGAUGAAUGGGGGAAUCCAGUGCUGCUCUCUGGUGCAUCAAAGUUCCUGUGUCCCCUCCAUCCAAAAACGCUAGAGGAAGAAAAAUCUGGGCAACACAGGGAAAUUCCAGAAUUUAAGUUUUUUUGGGGGGGUAGGGGUUUGAAAAUGGUAUCAGAAGUUCUGCAGACAUUGAAAAAUAAUUUAUUGCUGUUUUGUAGAAUGUAGAGUGCUUUCUUCAGUGCCUUGUGUAAUUUAGGAAAUGGACACUGCAGAGCACUGGACUGGAGCGGAAUGGAUUCCGCUAAAUUACACUGGACUAGACUUGACCGGGCUAAUAUACACUGGACUGGACUAAAGCUGACUGAACUGGGCUUAAAUACACUGGACUGGACAGAACUGGGUUUAAUACACUGGACGUGACUGAACUACGUUUUUAUGAAAUACACUGGACUGGACUCUCCUGGGUUAGAUUGGACGUGACUGAUUAGGCUGGACUGAGUGGGACUACUUAAUUGGAAUGAACCUGUUCAGAUUGGACAGAACUGGGCUCGUGUAAAAUGGAAUGGGCUGAAUUAAGGAGUCUAUUCUCAGGCCUAGUUUAUUUCAAACUGAAAGCAGAACUGUACUUUGAUCUCAACAGAGAAAAUCCACACCAAGUGAUCAAUUAGAAGGACUGAUCCAGCACUUACCAAAGCGCCAACUGCCAGGCAUUACUAUAAAAACUGUUUUGUGUGAAGGACAAUCUGAUAUUGCCAUUUCUAAAGACACUGGUUGAGAUGGGGGUUCCUUGUCGAGAUCUGCGAAUAAUCUGAGAGGAUGACAUUUUGAGCCUGAAGAAGAACUGAGGCCUUUGGGAGAUUAAGGAGACUGUUAUGAUUCAGGUCCAUUAGCCCCUUUGUCUAGGUCUUUCUACAUAGUCUUCUGUCCCGAACAGAAGAGAUUACAGAGCUGACAGACUCAACCCGGUGGACACCUUCAUGAUCAACAAGGAAACAAAGAUCUGAGGGGACAAGUGGAAACUAAAAGGAAGUGCUUUGAAGACCUGCAACAGGAAGCACAUCUUUACAAAAAAAUUGUUGGGGAUCUAGAACAUUUUAUCCAGCCAUGAUAAAAUGGCUGUUAUUUUCCAUGAUUCCUUCAGGAAGCAGCUGAACAGAAUCCACAAAUCUGUUGGCUACUGGCAACCAAGGUUCAAAUAGAUUUAUCUUGUUUGUGACCUUGGUGUUCUAGCAUUUCUUAAUUAGCAACCCAGAGCAACAGAGGUGACAGGAGAGAACGGGCACCCAGUUAAUUAGAGCUCCGGGCCAGGUCAUAUAUAUUUGCUGUGCACUUCAAUGCCAUGCGGCAGACAGAUGAGCCAUCCGUCACCAAGAUCAGGGAAAUUGCCCGGCUCACCUACAGUAGUAUCACCAAGAGUGCAUCAACCUGUCUGAACCACUGGGCAGCACAGGACAAGUGUGGAGUUGUGCAUUCCUCCUGUGCAGUGGGCAGCUUUCCAUCUGACUCACUGUGCAGAGCAGAGCAAACACUGGAGGAGAUGUGCGUCUCUCGCUGACUGCACUGCAACCUCAUAGGUACACAAACUAGUCCCUGGGGUCUCAACAAGGUAGAGAUCCCCAGGCUGACUCACAUCCAUCCCAAUCCGAUCUGUGUCAGCAUGACAGCUGUGAGCCAGCGACAUAGCCCAGACCAGAAAUGUCUGGACCAUAGGCAGCCAUUUCUAGAAGGGUUACCCCCGAGCAAGUAUAUCUUUAGAACUGAAAUGUUUACACAAACAGUUCUUAAUGCGAAGGAAUCUGAAGUUUUGGAAAUGGUGAUAUUUACUUGGAUGGAAUUUUGUUGUAGGCAGCAGUUGAAGGACCUGGGUUUUCCGCUGGAAAGAUUUGAGUGGUGAUGAGAUGGCUGUCUUGUCUUCCUGUUGUCGGUGUCAGACAAUCAUGCUGUCACCCUGUGACUGGACUGUACAUUUUUAUUGUAAUGAUUUGUAUUCACUUUGGGGUUACCAACCUCGUAUGUUUCUGUCGUUUAGUUAGCUUAUUGUUCCCGUGUUUGUUUAAACUUUUUUAAUGAUUAUAAUGAUAUUAAUAAUAAUGAUGAAAAUAA